AACGCAAACCAAAACGCCAGCAACGUUAACCACAGCCGAUUCUACAGCCCAGAUUUAAAAUACUGUAUAGAAGAAAAAUCAAGAACCCAAGACACAAGAGCAAAGAGUAGCGGCAGCAGAGAGAGAUAUCAGAGAAGACCAUACCUCAGCCGAUUCUACUACUGUGUGAGUGUGAGCAAUAGAUCAGACGGUGGAGAAGUGGAGGUGCAGUAGUGACCAGUGGAGACGAAGAAUGAGUUUAUGCAAAUUGCAAAGGCAGAGCUGAGAGUGUUUGGAUCUAGUUUGAGGCGUGUUUGUUUUUGGCUUUUUAUCAGCAGCAACAGAUGCAGAGGAUGCAGUUUCAACAGCAACAGAUAAUAUUUUAGGUUGAUAUGUACUCAAGAAGUAACAGUGGCAUAUUCUAAGCAUUAAAUGGACAGAUUUUGGAAUAGAAAGUCAGAUGUGGAGUGUUUUGAGAAGUGGAUGGCUAAAAUACAAAAAGGAAAAUAGGUGAAUACUUGGAGAAAGUUUUGAUCGAAUCAGUUUGACCUGAGGUUUCUAACUUUACCAGAGAAAGCUUAACCCUAAUCCUACCAUAAAGAGAGAUAGAAAGAGCAGAAGCUCAUGUCUACGGAAACUAAAGCCUCAUCAGGUCUUCAAAAGCGGCGCUUCUCCUGCUCUACCUGCUUUGAUGCUCUCUGGUUUUGCUACUCCCCUGUUCAUCAGAUGCAGCAGUAUUAUAGGCUUGGUGUUCUUGAUAACUGUUCUGAGAAAUGGAGUGUUUUAUAUGAUUGUUUGAAACUGAAGACAAAACAGUCCACUGAGGUGCAGGAAAUUCUAGAAGCUCGUGAGAGAGCCAAACCUCACAUCUGGACUAUUCGAACCCCUGAAGAAGCAUCAUCUCACUGGAAAGAACUGUACGGUCAUUUAGAUGAACCAGAGUGACUAAGGUCCAACACUUGCACAACUUCCAUAUCUUCUUCUUUUUUAAUCUUUUUCCUCCAACUAGACCCUGAACAUAUUUUGAUCCUGAAACCAAAGAAUUUACACAGGAUGUGGACUCAACUUGAUUGGAAUAUUCCUAUAAUGGGAGAGGGUGAUUCCUUAAUCGCAGUUUUAUGUUCAUUUUAAUCGUUUAGUAUAAAUGAAUUCUGAAUUAAACAAACAGAAAAGAUAAAUGAAAUAAAUAAUAUAAUUCUUGCGUUGGUGUUA